AUGCAAACACCUGUGUGGAUAAACGAAAUCAUUGAAACGAGUGGGAAUAAAAGUCGAGGAAGAGCUUCUGAAAAUGUGCUAUUAAAUGGCUUAGCUCAACUAGAGAUCAGUAGUCCCGAGAACAUUAUGACAUACAUAACUCAUGAAUCGCCUUGCAAGAAGCUUAAACCAUACGUGAAUGCUUUCAAAAGAUAUCGUCACAACCUUCCCUCAAACUCUCUCUACGUUCGUCUCUUUAAAGCUGUUGAAAAGUUUCGUUCAAUCUACUGCACCAAUGAAGAUAAAUACCGAAGAAUAUUUUUACAGCACCAAGAUGAGCUUAUCUCAUUACAUGAACAAUUUGCUGACUGUGAUGGUAAGCCAGAUUGGUACGAGAACAUGAACGCAUCAAAUCUCUGCGAAGAUGCCAAAAACAUCUUAAAUUGUUAUGAAGACGCAUUAUGUAAAGAAGUUGGCUGUGGUGUUGCUGAAGCCUGGAGCUUUAUCUUCCAACAAAUCAUGAAUGAAACAUUAAUUCGACCUUGUGAUUUUCCAAGCAAACAAAUUAAAUUUCCCUUUGAUAUAUCAAAUGAUUCUGUUGUGGGAUUUACUCAUUUGAAUGCUAUGUUCAUUCUGUUAACUGUUAUCGCGAUUAUUUAUUGUUGA